AUGGAUGAACAUCCCGAUCUUGCUCCCGACAACCUGUUCCGCUAUCUCCCUCUCCACCGUGUCUUGAUCUGUCUGCCAUGUCAACAUGCGGUCCAGCCGAGCGCGGUCAUGCGUCAUCUGAAGGAAAUCCAUCAUCUGAACCAUGCCCAGCGCAAACCUUUCAUGGAGUAUGCCUCCAAGUUCGCGAUCGCAGGUCCCCAGGACGUGGUUCCUCCCGAUGAAUCCCAUUUUCCGGUGCCAUUCUUGCCGGUCCUGAAUGGAUUGUCAUGUCGAUUUCCAGGCUGCGAACAUCUCUGUGUGACUACCAAACGGAUGAGACACCACUGCUUAUCAGUGCACCAGAUCGCGGGUCGGGAGGGCUUGGACUGGCAUCCCGUGAAAUUACAGACCUUCUUCAAAGGCAAUGCCCUCAGAUACUUUACGAAUCGAUCAUCCGCCAUGCCUCCUGCGGAUCAACCCAGUGCGAGUGGGAGCGGGAAUAGCAGUGAUACUGACCUCUGGAGCACACGCGCUCUGUCGACUCCAGCGAGCGAACCCACAAUGUUUAUGACUCCUUUAAGCCCUGUUGCCCUCAGCAGAAGCGAUUCCAAUCUCUUCCAUCACUACGUGAACUUUACAUACCUCACUUUUUCUAGCGACCCUGCGGUGCAGCGGGUGUUCAAAGAAAUUGUUCCACGACUGGCGGCCGGGUUCCCUUUCUUGAUGCACGGUAUCUUAGCAUGUUCAGCUCUACACCUGGCGUACGGAGAUCCGUCGAAUCGGCCGCGAUAUGUCAUUGACGCACUGCAUCAUCAGGAACUUGCCAUACCGGAAUUUCGAUCGACAAUCAUGCAUGUGAAUGAUGAUAAUGGUGAAUCGAUUCUCGCCUUCGCCUUUAUGCUAGUGGUCUGCUCGCUGGGGACGGAGGAGGGAGAGGGAGGGAAUCUGUUCCUCUUUCCAAGUGGCACGGGUAACGAUUCACACACGAUCCAUCUCCUUCGUGCUGGAUGUUCGAUGCUCUCUCCCGUUUGGUCCAAGAUUAGUGAGGGACCGCUGGCCCCACUGAGCAAGCUCUGGCGGGACGACCUCUGUGUCUCGAUAGACUUGGAUACCGAUCCGUUGCUCAACUCCCUGUUUUCCGUCUUGCCCGACGGACCAUCCACAAUGGGCUUUUGGUCGGAAAGUGUCUAUCGUAGCGCGGCUAUUCUUUUGGUAGAGGCAUUCGAAUUUGCCCGUCAACGGGGGGCAGCGUUCACCGUCUGGGAUGCCCUUAAUGCAUGGCCCUUGCGUGUGCCCUCUGAAUAUUUAGAUCUACUCCAGGCAAACCAUCCAGGGGCACUGCUGCUCCUGGCGUAUUACUUUCUGCUUCUACAGACUUUGAAGCCCUUGUGGUUUUUCGAGACUCGCGUAUCCCAGUUACUGGACGGUAUCUGCCUGCGAUUACAAGGCAACAGCCCAGAUAAUGUAUGGCAAUUGUUUCUGGAGAUUCGCGCAAAAUCCUCACUCUGA